AUGCCCCCUCCUCUCCCUCGGCGUAGAUUAUCCCACGCGUCUCAGGACUCCUCACCCCGUACUCCGCCCAACUCCAACACGCCUCUCCCCUUCCUGCCCGUGUCAUCGCAGAAGCGUUACAGCAGUGACAGUUGGAACAGCUCAAACUACGAUGGGACGGAAGAUCUAGAGGCGGAAUGGAGUCCGGAGCAGACGCGUUUAUUAUCUAGGACUCUCGACGCCCUUCCUGCGCAUCUUCUCACUCCGUUCAACGGUCCCGUACCUCCAUCAAAUCUCCUUGAUAAGAUCGCCCGCGGUGUAGCAGAAGCCAAGGGGCCUGUCAGCUGGCCCCAUUCCCUGCGGGCGACGCGUGCAAAGAUUGUUGAGCUUGCGCGAGCUCUCGCCAAGGAGACGGUAAACGAUGGAGCCAGUGACACUAUCGCAGAAGAGGAAGGGAGUGACACCGACGAACAACAGCAGACAGCGCGCGUUGCUACCAAACGCCCGUUGUAUCGGCAGUCGAGUAUGGACUUUAUGCAAGUGGAAGCGCGUAAUUGGGCGGAUAACGACAACAUCAGUCGUCUAUCACAACGUCUCCAGAACGCUGACCGCUUCCUCUCGACCUCAUCAUUCCAAUCAUAUGCAGCCCCCUCGUCUCGUUCGACUUCCCCCUUCCGCGCUCCAGGCGGACAGGCCUUCUUUCCUUCAACUCCCAGCUCUACCACUCUUAAUUCCAACCAUUCCAGCUCUCGUAUUCCUCGUCUUCGGAGAUCCAUGUCUGAUAUGUCAAACUCGUCGGAUUCUUUCGUCAUGCCCGCCGUCGAUCCUCGCAUGCAGCGUAUCAAGCGUACCGAAUCGUUCGCCGGAUCGAUGUUGUACGGGCCUGGCCAAGGCUUGAAGCGUGCACCGUCCUUUGGUGCUCUCUCGAAACGAAGUUCAGGGGCCAUGAGCCUGAGCGGUAGGGAUUCGGACGCUACAUCAUCUGAUGAGGAAGAGAAGCUGCGGAGUAUGAAGGCGAAGAAGGCUCGGGUGAAGACUGCCUCCUCAGCCAGUCCGCCCACUUCUCCUGUCAAAUCCCCCGAAAUAUCCCGAACUCGAAAGCCCCCCAAGUCGUCUCCGGCUAAGACGUCAAGGAGCAGCAAGGACACGCCGGCGCGUCGCCCGGCCAAGCCUCGUGCCAACAUACAACGUAACCCCAGUAUAUUGGGAGGCGAGCUGCCUCAGCUGCAAUCGAGCUUCGAGCCGCCCACCCCAAGCCGACGUACCCCUCGUGCUGACCGUCAGACCCAUCAUCUCUCUCCGAAGUCCCCCGACGCUCCUGCCGUGGAAAGCACCGUCACUGCGACCCCUGCAAGCUCGAAGGCUCUUCGCCGCACGAAGGGUAGCAAGCUGCCCCACUGUCCCGUUGCGCGCAAGAUCUCCUUCGGCAGCCCCGGUUCUCCUACUGAGAAGAGCGGCUCUCCCUCCGCCGGAGCGAGCCUGGGUAGUGCAUUCCAAAUGGUGUAA